AUGGUUCGUGGACGAGCCAUAGGGUUAACAACUACACACAGUGCAGAAGGUGAGCUUGUCGCGUCUUUUUUAAUUGGUAGCGAAUUCAGCAGAACUUAUUUGCUAGUAGACACUGGCACUGAUUUGGUUUGGUGGCAAUGUGGACCAUGUGGGCAAUGCUACAAGCAAAUAUAUCAUCCUAUUUAUAAUUCUACUGCAUCAAAAACUUUCCAAAAUGUUGAUUGCACUAAAGAUAAUUCGAGUUGCAUUACUGAGGAUCCAGGUUUUGAAUGUAUUGAAGAAAUGCGUUAUUGUCGCUAUGAUGUACCAUACGAAAGUGGUAUCAGAUCAGUAGGUUUCAUGGCAUCUGAGGUGAUUACUUUUACUUUAGACCAUAAAUUACAAAGGAUUAUGUUUGGAUGUGGAAAAAAUCAAAUUGGUGGGAAAGUUAGGUUUAGUGGUGGAUAUUCUGGGAUCGUUGGCCUUGGACGUAGAGUAAACCCGAAUUAUCCAGGUGGAUAUUCUUUACCAUCACAAUUUAACGCGACGUUAUUUGCUUUUUGUCUACCAAGUUUUGAUUCAGGAGAAUCAUCUACACUCAAUUUCAAUAAAGCCCCAUGGCCAGGAGCAACAAUGGCAAAAUUAGUACCAAAUUACAAGUUACCUCAAUUGCAUUUUGUCAAUCUUUAUAAAAUCUUUAUUAAUGAUAAGGAAGUUCCAAUGAAACCGUCAUGGUGGCAAUUUGGUAAAAGGUUCAAUGGUGGAGUCGUUGAGGAUACAGGGACCACCAUUACACAUUUUCCUGAAGAUUUCUACAUCUUAUUUCGCGAUAUAUUUAGAUCUGAGGUAGAAGAUAUUCCAAUGGUUGAUAAUCCAAUCGAAGAUUUCGACACUUGCUACAAAGACAUGGAUGGUAGUGAAGUGUACUUUCCUGUUGUGAAGUUGUACUUUGGCAGCAAAAGUCCGGGUUCAAUGUUGUUGUAUAUGGUCGAAAUAGAUUUCGGCCUUCCUAUGUUCGAUCGAGUUCAAGUGAUGGAGAGGACACAUACAACUGGAUCGGAUGACCAGACACCCGCGCCCCCUACUAGAGGCGAGAGAGGUUGUGGCCAGGCAUUUCUGGAGACCCUCGCCCAGUUUCUGAGCAUGUUUGACACUCUGGCUGAGGAAGGGUUGAUCCUACUUGCUCCUGCUACAUCUCAGGCCGGGGAGGAGCACAAACUCCCACUGCCCGUACCCUAG